GACAUUUUGAUCACAUUACUAAGGAUUAUCAUGAUCACAUAGCAGAAAUUUCAGCAAAGCUUGUAGCCAUAAUGGAUAGUUUAUUUGACAAGCUGCUCUCGAAGUAUGAAGUGAAGGCACCUGUUCCUUCUACGUGCUUCAGGAACAUAUGUAAACAGAUGGCAAAGAUGCAUGAGGCAAUAUAUGACCUUCUUCCGGAGGAGCAAACACAGAUGUUAUUUUUACGAAUUAAUGCAAGCUACAAACUUCAUUUGAAGAGGCAGUUGGCCCAUUUAAAUGUAGUCAACGAUGGAGGACCUCAAAAUGGGUUGGUUACAGCAGAUGUAGCAUUUUACACUGGAAACCUCCAAGCUUUGAAAGGGCUUCAAACACUGGACUUAAAUAUGGCAGAAAUCUGGGAACAGAAAAGGUGAUAAUCCCGCAAGAAUUCUCUCUUCUCACGGGAUGCUGGCUUCUUCCUAGAAGAUAAAUAUGUGGGACCCAGAAGAACAGACUCUUGAAAUGGGGUGGAAAUUACCUACAGAACUGACUUUGGGACCGAGUCCUUUAAGGAAGGAAAAUAUCAGAUUCUUGUGCAUUUUUUCUCGUUUUCUCUGGAACAGGCUCAGGUUUCUUUGGACCAAAUCCAAAAGAAUACAUAGCUGUAACACAGCUGUUGUUGUCUAGAGAGUGCUCUGUAAAUCUUUAUAUUAAAAGGAUGCUUUGCAUUUCCUCUAGUACAAUGGAAUUUUAAUGGUGUCUCACCUUUAUUUAAUGAUGAUGGUACAGUUUGGAAAUUCUUGCUGUUGAAUUCUAUGAAAAUGUUUUCACUAUAAAUACUGUUAAAUUAUUUUUUUACAGAUGUUUCUAUAAAGUCUCAAUUACCUACACAGC